GACCUCCAGGUAUAGUAGUCGGAUUAGCCGUAAGCGAGGAGACGCUGGAAGUAUCAUAUAUUUUAGAAGAAAGAUUGGAGGACGCAGAUGCCACCACUACUUCUUUUGGUAUACCAGCAAUGGCAGGAAGUGCUAUAAUCGGUGGAGUGUUACUGGCUUUAAUUGAAGGAGUUGGAAUUUUAUUUACCCGUCUUUCUGCAGAACAAUUUCGAAAUCCUACACCACCAAUUGAAGAUCCGAUAGCACUAGGCGAUACUGCACAAUCUUUAGGUUUGGGUCAAACCCAUCAGCAUCAAUCACAGUAUCAGUGAAUACGCGUUGUAAUAUGUACAGGAUUCUUAUUUAUACAUAUGCGUUGUAACAAAUUUGUGAACCACGUUCAUAACGGUGUAAAUUUAUUUUUAAUAGAC